UGGUACACAGUCAGGAUGGCUGGGGCGUGACUUACACUUCUGCUCAGAUGUGUGCCCUGAAAGGAUCAACAGUGGACAUACACUGCAGCUACAGUUACCCACCCAAAAUAAAAAAGAGAAUUACAACAGUAAAAGAAAGAACGUGGUUUAGAAAAAAGAAAAAUGCAGGACAGGUGGCUCUGAAAAAAGACUCAGCCUACACAGGUCGCGUGAAGUAUGAUUUUUAUGAGAACAGCUGCACGCUGAGAAUCACAGACCUGAGAGAGAGCGACUCAGCAGAGUACAAGUUCAGAUUCACGACAAACCCACCAGGUGGAAGUUUCACCGGAUCACCUGGAGUCACUCUGUCCGUUGCCGAGCUCCAGGUGCAGGUGGGAAGAACGUCGACCAGGACAGAGUUGAAGUGUCUCAGCAGCUGUGAUGUAGCUGGUCCUCGCUCAUAUGUUUGGUACAACAAUGCACAGAAAAUGGAGGAAGAAACGUCUUCUUGUAGAGUCUCUGUUCGUGAUGACGACAGCUAUUCCUGUGCUGUUCAAGGACUUGAGGAUUAUCGCUCUCCGGCAGUGUAUGCUCCAAAGGAUCUUACUGUGUCGGUCAGCCCCAGUGGUGAAGUCAAAGCGAGCAAUUCAGUGACUCUGACGUGUCACAGUGAUGCCAAUCCAGCAGCUAAAUACACCUGGUUCAAGAGAAAUGUCCACACAGCUCUCAGUGAAAAGACUCAGUUUGUCCUCAGGUUCAUCCAGUCGUCCAAUUCUGGAGAGUACUACUGCACAGCAGAGAACAAGCUGGGCAGGAGGACAUCUAAAUACAUCUUAAUUGAUGUGAAAUAUGCUCCAAAGCGUCCCUCUGUGUCAGUGAGCCCCGUUGGUGAAAUCAAGGAGGGCAGUUUAGUCUUUCUGAUCUGUCGCAGUGAUGCUAACCCAGCAGCUAAACACUCCUGGUUCAAGAGGAACGGACCACCACCCCUGAGGGAAACGACAAAUCUUGUCUUCUUGUCCAUCCAGGCCUCUGACUCUGGAGCGUAUAACUGUAGAGCAGAGAACAAGCUGGGCUGGAGGACGUCUGAAUACGUCACUAUUGAUGUGAAAUAUGCUCCAAAGCUUCCCUCUGUGUCAGUGAGUCCCUCUGCUGAGAUAGUGGAGGGAAGUUCAGUGACUCUGAGCUGCAGCAGUGAUGCUAACCCAGCAGCUAACUACACCUGGUACAAGGAGAAUGAAGACUCACCAACAGCAUCAGGACAGAACUUCACCAUCACGGACUUCAGAGCUGAACACAGUGGGAAUUAUUCCUGUGAAGCUCAGAACAGAAGGGGACGCCAUAAGUCCACCGUUUAUCUGAUUGUUGUGAAGGCUCAUUCUUUUCUAGGAGCAUGGAAACCAAUAGCUGGAGCCACAGUCUGCGCUCUUGUCCUGGCUCUGACAUUCACCUCUGUCUACCUGUGGAUUCUAAAAGACAGAGUCUCCCAGCAGCAGUCUCAGCCUGGAGAGCCAUCAGACACCAGAGAACAG